AUGCUACAAUUCACUGAUAAAUUGAAGGCGUUGACGGGUCCUUUGGGAAGAUGGCACAGAGACAACUUUGGUGACAUGGAUAAGAAAAUCAUGAAGUUUGAAGAAGAGAUCAAGAAAAUUGAUGACAUGGUUGGUAAUGGGACGUAUGAUGGAAUAGUGGAAGCAAGGAGGAAGGCCUUAGUAACUUGCUGUGAGAAGUGGUAUAUGAGGAAAGAAUUACACUGGAAGCAGAUGUCGAGGUCUAGGCAUGCAAGGCACAUGGAUAAAAACACGAGGUAUUUCCAUAAUCUAGCUUCUGCGAGAAGGAGGAAUAAUAGAAUUGAUGCUCUGGUCAUUAAUGGAAGAAUGAUAAGGAAUCAAGCGAGUAUUAAGAUUGCCAUAAGGGAGUUCUACAAGGAGUUAUAUCGUCAAGAGAAGUCUCCGAUGGUGGGAUUUAGAGAUGGGCUGGUGGGAAGGAUUGAUGAGGAGGAUGCUAUGACCCUAGAGAGGCUACCAAGUCCAGAGGAGGUUAGAGAGGCAGUGUGGGAUUGUGAAUCAUCUAAGGCUCCAAGGAGUGAUGGUUAUAACAUGAAUUUCAUAAAGAGGUGUUGGGGCAAAAUUGGAUCUGAAUUCACGACAAUGGUGCUGAAAUUCUUCCAAUCCUCUAGAUUGCCGGCAGACGCUAAUGUAACCUGGGUGGUGCUGGCCCCUAAGUUUACUGGGGCUAAGGAGAUCAAAGAUCUGUGGCCGAUCAGCAUGGUGGGAUGUGUAUACAACGUUAUCUCGAAGGUGCUAGUUAGGAGGAUGAGAGCAGUUAUGCCAGGAUUAGUAGGUGAGACACAGAGUGCAUUUGUCAAGGGCCGGAAGAUUCACGAUGGGGUGCUUAUCGCAUGCGAAAUAGCUCAGUAG